CUCUCUACCUCUCCUUUCUCUCUCUAAACUUUUUUUUUUCUUUUACGAAUUUCUCGUCGGAGUUCAACAAGACAACCCAAAUUCAAAGAUUGUGUGGUAAACGUCGUUGAUUCGGCAAAUGCUCGUAUAAAUAUCGGAGAAUCUGAUUCUGAUCUGCGAAAAUAUUCAUACCUAAAAGGCAUAAGAAGAAACAGAGUCUUUUGUAUAGGAAAUCAGAGAAUUACAUUGAGAAAACGAAACGAUGGAUAGCUUCUGUCUGAAUCCAGGAAUCCAUGGGAUGGCUUCGUCGUUAUCAGUGAAUGCCGCUCUCGAUGUUCGUGCGAAUCCUUCUCAGGUGAGUACUGCCGGUCGGCCGACUGCGGUUGAGAAAUCGCAGAAAAUGACUUCGCCGUCGCCGCCGCCGUCGUCUUCAGCGACUUCUUCGUUUCUGAAGUUUUCUUUGAAGUAUCCCUUGCAAUCGCUGUGGAGUCGGGGUGGGGAAGGUGGGAAUUCUAGGCGUGGCGGUUUGGCGCUGGACGACGCCGUUUUGGUGGAGAGUGAAGAGGAUCGGAGAGUCGUUGGUGAGGAGGAAGGUGAGAAUGUAGCAACCGGAUCGGAGGGGAGUAGUGAAAACUGGGUGAUGAAGAUCUUGCGGGUGAGAUCUCUGUGGAGAGAGGAGGAGAAGCAGGGAAUUGCAGAAGAAGAGAUUAAAAUAGAGAUGGAAGAAGAGCGUGACGUGGAGGAUCAAGAAAUUGCUUGUGAUGAUGAAGAGGGCUGUGAUACUUGCAGAAUCGUUGAGGAAGAAGAAGAUGAUGAAAAGGAGAUCGAAUUCGAUAGGCACUCGUUUUCGAAACUGCUUCGACGGGUUUCGUUAGCCGAAGCGAGGCUGUAUGCUCAAAUGUCGUAUUUGGGGAGCAUCGCAUACUCCAUUCCCGAAAUUAAGCCGAAGAAUCUGCUGAGAUAUUAUGGUCUACGCUUUAUAACGUCUUCAAUUGAAAAGAGGGAAUUGGCUAUGAAAUCUGAGAAAACCCAAGAGCCAGCUGAAUCGAAAGAAGCUGGAAUGGAUCUAAAUAAUGAUGAACAGUGUGAAGGGAAGAAGAAGGAUGGAUAUCAAAUAAGUGCAUCUACUGCUUAUGAUAUUGCUGCCUCUGCUGCUUCUUAUUUGCAUUCUCAUACCAGAAAAAUACUUCCAUUCAGAUCCUCUAAAUCUGAGGAUUCACUCAAAGAAAGUCAGAAUAAUGUUGAAAUGAUGAACUCAGAGAUGGCUUCUUUAAAGGCAACCACAGAUUCGGUUACUGCUGUUGUUGCUGCAAAGGAGGAAGUGAAGCAAGCUGUUGCAGAUGAUUUGAAUUCGACUCGGUCUUCACCGUGCGAAUGGUUCGUAUGCGAUGACGUUGAGAGCAGUACAAGAUUCUUCGUCAUUCAGGGAUCUGAGUCACUGGCAUCUUGGAAAGCAAAUUUGCUUUUUGAACCCGUCAAGUUCGAGGGACUAGGUGUCCUUGUCCAUAGAGGAAUCUACGAGGCUGCUAAAGGAAUGUAUGAACAGAUGUUGCCUGAUGUUCUUCAACACCUAAAAUCUCACGGUGACCGUGCAGCCUUUCGAUUUACUGGCCAUUCUCUUGGGGGAAGCUUGGCGCUGCUCGUGAAUCUCAUGCUCUUGAUAAGAAAUGCGGUUCCAGUUUCUUCCUUGCUUCCUGUCAUUACAUUUGGUGCACCAUCAAUAAUGUGUGGAGGUGACCGUUUACUUCGUAAACUCGGUCUGCCACGAAACCAUCUUCAAUCUGUAACAUUACAUAGAGACAUAGUACCACGAGCAUUCUCAUGCCAGUAUCCGAACCAUGUCGCGGAACUUCUUAAAGCUGUCAAUGGAAACUUUAGGAAUCAUCCAUGUCUAAGUAACCAGAAGUUGUUGUACGCUCCGAUGGGCGAGUUUCUAAUUCUGCAGCCCGAUGAGAAGUUUUCGCCAAGCCAUCAUCUCCUUCCUUCAGGUAGUGGUCUGUAUCUCUUAAGCCGUCCACAAUCUGAUGCCAGUGAUGAUGCAGAGAAGCAGCUCCGAGCAGCGCAGAUGGUAUUCUUAAACACACCUCAUCCCCUCGAGACCCUGAGCGACCGGUCCGCUUAUGGUUCUGGAGGAACAAUCCAAAGAGAUCACGAUAUGAGUUCGUACCUAAAAUCAGUUCGAGGAGUGAUUCGUCAAGAGCUAAACCGCAUAAGGAAAGUGAGGAGAGAACAUAGGCGCAAGGUCUGGUGGGCUCUGGUGACUCCAGGCAAGGUCGAUAUAGGAAUUGUGAUCGAACGGCCUGCUGUUUCGAUCAACCUCAGUCAGGACCAGUUCAACUUCUCCGGCAUGCUGCAAACGGGAAGAGAGUCGCUGAGACGAUUCAGUCGGCUUGUUGCUUCACAGCAUAUGAAUCUACUUGUUGUGAUGCUGCUCCCAGCUAGAUUGCUAAUGUUUGAAGUCAGCAGGGUGGUUGGUUAGAAGUUAAAAACAUGUUUCUUGUUCUUGUUCAUGUUCAUGUUCUUGUUCUUGAUGUUCUUCAUCUGGUUUCUUGUCACUUUUUUUUCUGGUGGAGGCUGGAUGGAUGGAUUAAUGGUCUGUACAGAUGGGGAUUCAAAUUGGUGGUUGGCCAAACAGUUAGAAGAUUCUUUAUUCAUUGGUUCCAGAAAAAUAGACAGCAACAUCAAAUAAUGUUGCUAAUUCAAUGUUAUGAAGCAAAAUUAUUUGUCAAAAGUCAAUGUUCUUACAAAUCAAAACUUCUUACAUUGUCUUGGUGGUGUUGGUUGGAACUUCUUUUGACGUACAAGGAACAGUUGCCUGUACACAAUACUUGUUCUUCUUCUUCGUUAUUUGUCAAUCUUCAUUUGCGCUUUUGUUUU